AUGCCUUUAUGUCUCACAUGCACUCAGCCUAUCUCACUCGAUGACACCAUCAUGGGAUGCUCGGGGCUGUUGAUUUUGGGUCUCUUCAUGAAUGUUGCUCACUGCUUGGAAAUUCUGGAUCAGAGCGAAGAGCCGAUAGAGAUCAAGCAGAACGUCACGGCAGUCCUGGGAGAAGUCGUGUACCUGAGCUGCAGAUACCUGGGCGACAGUGAGAUCCUGAGCGCCAAGUGGAUUCGUCAGAUUAACUCUAAAGUUAAAUCCAAGGGACUGGCAGGAUUUUCAAAUGGUCAACCAUUUAACCGCGGCGACUUCUUGGUGCCGGAGUCUGUCACGAACCUCACGGUCCAGAUGAAAGUGUCCAAUGUGGACGUAGAGGGCGAAUACAUCUGUGAGUUUGAAGACGAAGAGGCAUCUUAUACUGACAGAGCUUUUGUCACUGUACUAGCUCGGCCUGAUGUGCAGAUCCUCGUGAAUGCUGAGACCAUAAACGGCACUCACUUCCAGUCUGUGUCAUGCUCUGCCAUCGGUGGCAGGCCCUCACCUCAGAUCAGCUGGGUGGUUCCUGGCCGCGCUCCCUCAGAUUACCCCUUCACUGUGAGCGUCAGCAACACAGCUCACUCGAACGGCACGUUCACUCAGCAGAGCAUCCUCCGCUUCCCCACGCACCUGCAGGAAGAGGACAGCGUGACCUGUGUUGUUCAACACCCGACCCUCCCAAACCCCAAACUCACCACAGUGAGGGUGGAGACCUACACGAGGCCAAAUGUGACCAUUAAAGCAGAGAUGGUACAGAGAGGAGGAAAUGAGUUCUGGGUGGUCUCGUGCAUUUCCUCUGGAGGGAGACCCGACACUGACAUCUCCUUGGCUUUGAGCAGCGAUGAGGAGCUGGAAAGAGAAAACGGCACAGACUCAGACAUGCAGAGAAGCUCCGUCUUCCUCCCUGCAGCAGCGUACGAGGGCCACAACGUCACCUGUGUGUUUGACCACCCCAAGUUUACACAGGUCCAGUCACGAGCCGUAACUCUGCCGACUUUUUAUUUGACUGGAGUUCGGUUGUUGAACUCGGAGACGAGAAACAACGACUUCAGUGACGACUUCAAACGCACUGAAAGUUUAGAGCUGCAGGAAGGAGAGCGUGGAGUUGUCAUCGGCCUAGAGGUCGUUGGGAAUCUGCGACGUUACAAUAUCACCUGCAAAAAAGAUGACGGGCCCUUGCCCACAGGGUUGGAGCUGGUUGGCAGUAGCCUCACAGUUCAGGGUUCUGUGGAGUUUCAGCUUUCCGGCCUGUACGAGUGUGUCGUCUCCUACCAUCAUCUUAAAGCAACGCUGCAGAUCAACAUCACAGUUCAUCCUCAUGUUACUCGGCCUGUUCCUCCCACCAUACGAGUUGAUUUGCGGACUAAAGGUGGACACCGGGUGAUUGAGUGCUCAGCAGCUGAUGCUGUUCCUGCAGCCAACGUAUCCUGGCUUCUACCAAAGGGUGUGUCUGGAGCCUCUUGGUCCAAUUUCACUUCUCAUAAUGGAAGCCACUCUGUCAGGGGAGUUUUUCUCCUCCCUGCCUGCUCGCCCUCAGAGCUCACUGCAGAGUGUGUGAUAAAUCACCCGGCAUUUGAGGAGCCAGAGACCAGAAGCAUAACGCUGCCUCUUUGUGCUCGAACUAACAUCACCAUCAACUCCAGCACAGAGUGGAAAGAUGGUGAACAGUUCACGAAGGUCGACUGCUCUGCAGACAGUGUUGCCUCUGCAGCAGCUAUAACCUGGCAUGUUGGUAACAGUGACGAGAGCAUCAUGGGUAACCUGUCAGAGCCUGAAGUCCAGGCUGAUGGCUCGGUUUCAGCCCGUAGCUCCGUUCACUUCUUGUCGUCUUUGUAUGCUGGUCUGAAUUUGACCUGCACGGUGGAGCAUCCGAGCUUGGAGGCAUCAGAGAGAAGAACAGUACACGUUCCUGUGCAGAGAGCCCCUCUGCUGAGUGUGUCUGUGGUCAGACAGCGGGACUCGCACCUCUGGCUGGGGGUGUGUGCCUGCAGAGGAGAGGCUGACGGGACAAACCUCACCUGGGUUCUUCCUGAAAAUGCCAAAGGUCAAACAUCCCUGCACUCAGAGUAUGAGGGACGCUCCCUGAGAGCCAGGCUGACUUAUCAGUUUCCUCUGGCCCUUCAUGAGGGGCAGGACCUGACCUGUGUGUACCAGUUUAAACACGGGAUCACAGAAAAGAGGACCGUUCACAUUCCCAGAUACUAUAUUUCCGCCGUGAGAGUCCUGAACCGCACGACUCCUCUGCUGAGCCGCUAUGGUGGUGAACCCGUCAUCCACCGACUAGCUCUCCAGGAAAAUGAUCACAACCAGAAAAUACUGCUCCGAGUGGAAGGCAACGUGCCACAGUAUGACCUCAGCUGCAAGAGGAGUGACGGCUCGCUGGUCUACAUGGAGGGGCUGGCUUUGCUCUUCCCGGCAGAGCUCACGGAGCGGGACGAAGGCCUGUACACCUGCUGUGCGUCCUUCUAUCACCACAUGGCCACAGUCAAGAUUCAAGUGGAGGUCACGAGCAAGUACAAGCAGUUUGCGCUGGCCGCCAUGACCUGCGUUUCUGCGGCCUUGGCCCUCAUCAUCAUCCUCACCGUCACUCUCUGGGUGUGCUGCACAAGAAAUAGGACAAAUCCAAAUAAGGGGCAGGAGCUCGGCUCUCCUGCGGUGAAGAAGCCAGCGAUGGUAGAAAAGAACAGCAAGGAAUAUACUCAGCUGCUCAAGUACUCCAUCAUCAUUGAUGUGAGGAGUGCGGUGUGAGGAGGAGAGUGAAGGUGGUUUGUUUUUUAAUACAGCGUUCAGCUUUACAUGAUAUGAAGGCUUCACCGCACUGCAGGAUUGUUUAUGAGUUCAAUGUGUUUUAUAUGUGACUGAACUUAAGUGAAUCCACUGUUUUUGUUCUUGUUAAAGUUCUUAAGUUGCCAUUGAUUUUUAAAAGCAUUACUUUUUGCACUUUUUCAUGUUAUACUUGAAUUUUGUUCUCAUUUUCUAUGCACGUUGUUUUCUCAGGUAUUUGACAAUAAAAUCAUGUAUAAAUA